CUCUGAGAGAUUGUUCCUCUAUGGGGGCGUCCGGUCCUGUGCUCCUGUCCCCGAUGCCCAUGGUUCUUCUGCUCAGCCGUGACCCACUGUGAGCUGCCAGCCCGCCUCCUCCUCCCUCGGGCAGGUUUGCAUCCCCGGGCGCGCAGGGAAGGUCUGACGGAUGGCACGGAAGGGAACGGACCCCGUUCCAGCAGUUAGCACCCAGGUGUCCGUCACCGAGGACAAGGGGCACCCCCCUGGCGCCCAGGCGGAGCAGGCUUGCUGAGCCUGUGCUGCUGACACCCUGGAGAAGGUACAUUUCUCUGUCGAUGCCGAAAGCGAGCCAGGACGCACUCGCCACUAGAGGGAAGGAGACACCCCACCACGGCACCCCUUCGGGGCAGGUGCGAUGCCAUCAGCUCGCGCGCACAGGGAAGGGAAUGUUCUCUGUGUAGACGCCGAACUUGAGCAGUGAAAUAAGAAGCCCCCUUCCCCCCACGGUGCGGACUCUGAGCAGACCUCGCCGGGGCGUCCGGUCCCCCUCGAGAAGAUCACUUUGUCUAGAUCGUGGCAUCGAGGAGGCAGGCGUACCAGGAAGGGGGAGCCACAUGCGCACAGUCUGUCCAUCCCCCUUUUCCCCGCGCAGUCCUUCCCGUGUCCCCACGCCAGCGCCCACUGCACGGGCACGUCCAUGCCCGCCUGGCGAGCUCGCUUUGCCCAGCCCUUUGGACGAGAACACGGGUCCCACGUAGGAAGCAGCAAUGAGGAAGCAGAACAGGAAAGGGGAGGUUUUAAUGGAGACGCAGAAGACUCUUGGGUUCACAUUUCCUGAAUAUAAUCAGUGUGUUCACUUGGGAGCCGCCGAGAAGUUGUUCGAUAGGACGGUCCGAGGUGGACCGGCCGGGGAGCCGAGUGAAUGAAGGCAGGCGGAUGGAGGACAGCUGGCGGCCGGCGGCCAGGGAGAAGCUGGAGACACAAAAUGUACCUCUGAAAAUGCAGAGCAGGUAAAAUGCAAAGGAGAGACAGGCCACUCCGGUGUGCUGAUUACCCAGGGAUAUUAAGGGAAACGUACAAAUGACGUGUGUCUCAGGUGGCUGCAAGAUGAGAUGGACCUCAUGACACGGAGCAGGCGCCAGAGAAUUAUAAAGGAUACAGGAACUAGCUACGGGCGAUAGUAUCUUUUCCCUGUUUCUCAGGAAGCCUCAUGGGUUCCUUGGUGAGAGCCGUCCUGGUCAUGGUGCUUCUUGAUCCAGCACUUCUGACCCAGGAGCACCAGGAUCUGUCAACCAUGGAACCUCUCCCCAGACUAAACAUGAAAUUUGACCCAUGGAAAAUGAAGUUAACUUGGGACUGCAAAGAAAACACCACCGCGAUCCAAUGUGGGAUUAGUGACGAGGAAAACGGACCCGUUACAAAGAAGGUCAAGGAGAAUGAAUGUCACUGCAUCUUUCAAAACUCUAUUAUUCAUAAGGGAUCCAAGCUCCUAGUUAAAGUAAAUAUCAACCAAAGCCAGAUUAGAGAAGAACUGAUCUUCACUAACGCAGGUGAGAAUGACACGGCAGCACAGAAUGUCUCCUGUAGCAUCUACAAUGCGGAUUUCAUGAACUGCACCUGGGCAAAGGGUCGAGCAGCCCCUGGCGACGUGCAAUAUUUUUUCCAUAUCCAAGACUUCAAGAGAGGACGCGAAAUAGAAUGUCCUCACUACGUAGAAGACGCGGGGAUCCACGUGGGGUGCCACCUGGAAGGCGCCUCAGGAUUUUCUUCGAACAUUUACAUCCUGGUUAACGGGACCAGUCGGACGAAAGGGAUCCAGUUCUUUGAUGACGUUUUGUUAUUGCACAGAAUAGAAGUAUACAACCCACCGAGCAAUAUCACCAUCCACUGCAACAAAUCUCACUGCCUCAUCCAGUGGCAGAAGCCGAGGAGCCGAUUGAACCUGUCCAACAGGGAAUUCCAGUACCAGCUGGACAUCCACAGACAGAACAGUAUGGAGCACAGUGACCAUCAGCUGGUGGAGGUAUCUGGUGAUUUGGAAAAUAAAUACAACUUCCCGAGCCCGCAGCCCGCAGCCAGACACACGGUGCAGAUACGGACCACAAACUCCCGGUUGCUUCACUGGGGCGCCUGGAGCCCCCCUGCCGAGUUCGGCUCCGAAGAGCGGGCACCCAGCCUGGCGCACGUCUACGUGCUGGUGGUCCUGGGCACCCUGGUCGGCGUCCAGAUGCUCUGCUGCCUUCUGAAAAGGUUGGUUGGGAGGCCAGUUCCCCAGAUCAAAGAUAAAUGGACCGGCGGCCAUCUGACGGACGACGAGAUCAUCUGGGAGAAGUGUACCCCAGCUGAAGGGAAAGGGGACCACGAAGAGGUGUUGACCGUAGAAGCCGUCGGAGAGUCCAUGUCCCGCGUGUGAGCGUCGGACACCUCCGUUGCCGAGAUGUUCCGGACCUCGUGCGUGGACGGGUUUCGCCCGUUAGCAGAGUUUUCUAUUUUGUGAUUUUUUGACUCUGAACCUCGACGGGGGUGGGGAAAAGGAAACCCUGCUGAGAAGGGUUUCGGGGGCUCACUGGGCUCAAAUGACACACCAGAAAAACAAAGACAGAGCUCAGCACCCAGGUCUGCUCAGGACCCUCAGCAGCCCGGGGGGGGAGGGAGACCCCGGCACCGAGGUCCCCUCGCGGUGUGUCUGCCUUGGACUUCAACCAACGGCGCAGACAAGGUCACGAUUCCUCAUCCGCCCUGUGUGAGCCCUGAGCGGAGCCCAAAGGUUAGAAUUCACCCCAAGGCCGCAGCGCUGACCGCAGACGCCCUCCCCCACCUGGCCCUGGACAGCUCGGCCGCCCCGGACGUGCCUCUGACAAUCAGCCCCACGGUCACUACCGGGCUUCUCUGCCUUCGGUGACCAUUGGGAAGCGGUCGCUCCGUCUCGAGGGGGCGGAAGGAAGCCCUGAGGGAUCGACGGUCCUCCGGAGGGUGCCCGGCCUGGACACGCAGCCGGAGUCUCCGUGGGCCUGGAGACGUGGACAGCGGGCUGCUGGGGCCGGACAGGGGUCCGGACAUCACGCCCAUGACUGCGAAGAAGUGAGAACCUGGACCCGCAGCAGCCGGACCUUUUUCUGCGUGGAACCCCCACCGUAGUGAAAUGGGGAACUUCACCGGGUGCCCCAUGGCUCACGGCCAACAUCCGUGCACCCCGUGUGGCCCCACCGGUGACUAAGCACGUGGGUCCCCGACGUCAGGGCCCUGGGGGGACACUGUGCACCCUCUGUGGGCUUGCCCAGUGAGACCCCUAAAUGCAUCUUUGUCUCUGAGGUGCUCUCUCCAGAGAAGGGCCCCUUCGGACCCAGGACGUGAGACUCCAGCAGCAGAGGACGCUCAGCACCCCCAGAAGUGGGGACUCUCUCAGCCUCCCCCUGCUGUGAUCCGGGAACCACCCGGCCAGUGUCUUGCUCAACAGGAUGAGCAGGACGUGGGGAGGUCUUGUGAUCGGUCCCCAUGUCCUGUCCCCGAGGCUGCUCACGUGUCCCCAAAGUCCCCUACUGGCCAGCGUUGCAUCCGGAAGGGCCCAGAGGCCGGUUCAUUCACGGGCUCGGCACAGAUGUGUGUCCUCAGGGAGCCCCGGGGACAGCGAGGGUCUGAGGCGGGGAUCCCCAGGGCCUGGCAUGGAACCCCAGGAGCGAUGAUUUCCGUGGCUGGGCCCAGACUCUGAAUGGCACCCCCUGGGUGAGAAGCGGGGUCUGCGAGUCACGCUGUGUGACCUUGAGCAGCCGCCUUGCUCUCUCUGUGCCUCCGGCUGGUGCGUGGAUAAAACGGGGUUGAGUAAUGCCGUGGUUUCAGAGGUUGUGGGAACUGGGGGGGCUGGGAGCCCAGAAAGUCUGAGGUUGGCGUGCAGAGGGCAAGGGAAGGGGAGCUUGGCAGAGCCCUGAGAAAUCGCUCCCCCUGUUCCCAAGUUCUGGGAAUCAGGUGGGCCAGGGUGGGGUGGGAGGAAGGAGCUUUGGAUAAGACGUGGUUUUCUCUGAGGCUAAAACGCACCGUCUCUUGCCUCAUCCCAACACCUUGCUUUGGGGAGAAGCCCCCCACCCAGAGCUGGGGGAGCCAGGGAGGGCUGUCGGGGGUACAGUCCCAGCCUCCUCAUUUGUGCACAGCUGAUAGAUGACACCUGCUGGGCAUCUCUUUUGGGGGAAGAGCAUCAGUAAAGGGUUCAGGCCCAGGGAGCUGUGACCACCCAUAAAGACUCCGGGCAGGACCCCCCACAUUUUCUGUGCACCCCACAGCUCCACGUCUAACCUCCAGCCCCCACUCCCCACCCCCAAGCCACCAAACACCAAGAGAGAAGCUGCAGAAAGAAGGUGCUGAGCUCAGGAUAAAGGGCCCCCCCAUUUUUCCUAUAACAUCCUAUUGAUUCUGUUUUGAUAGAUGACGUGGGGGACGGACAGACAGA